AUGCAAUAUUAUGUCCAGGUUAGCCGAAUCCCGUUCAACCAGCAGAUCAAGAAUUUCGAGAGCACGCUCGAGCAAAUCAGGGACACGGUUGGCAUGUCCGAUUUGGCGCAAGCCUUGUCCAAAUGCAUUUUCUUCGUCGGCAUGGGAAGCAAUGACUAUCUCAACAACUACUUGAUGCCGAAUUACGACACCAAGAAUCAGUACAAUCCUCAACAGUAUGCCGAUCUUUUGGCUCGACAGUACUCCCAACAACUCACCAGGUUGUACAAUCUUGGAGCUAGGAAAUUUGUGAUAGCUGGUAUUGGGCUUAUGGGUUGUAUUCCAAGCAUAUUAGCUCAGAGUAAUAAUGGCAUUUGCUCGGAGCAAGUGAACGAGCUCGUUCUCCCUUUUAACACGAACACGAAAGCCAUUAUCGCUAACCUUAGUACAAAUCUCCCGGGCGCGAGUUUUUCUUACAUAGACAUUCGGAAAAUGUUCCAAGAUCUCCUUGCUAAUGCUAGAUCAUACGGGUUCAAUGUGAUAAAUCAAGGUUGUUGUGGUAUUGGGAGGAAUAGUGGGCAAGUAACUUGCCUUCCGUUUCAAACUCCAUGUCCGGACCGAAACGGGUAUAUUUUCUGGGACGCUUUUCACCCGACUGAGGCAGUGAAUAUCCUGUUUGGCAAGAGAGCUUUUAGUGGGAGCAAUGAUGUUGUUUAUCCUAUGAACAUAGAGCAACUUGCCAAUCUUUGA